UUCAGUCUAGUGCUUCAAGGGCCCUUUGUCUGUGCAUUUAGAAUGCAAAGGAUGCCAGGGAAAUGGUUCUGUUCCUGAUCGGUGGACUGGAACUGAUUGUUCAUUUGCUGAAGUCAACAAACAACGAGGUGCGGACGAGCAUUUGUGCUGUCGUGGCCAAGCUAGCCAAAGACAAAGAGAUCCUGGGAGUCCUCACUGAUCGUGGUGUCGUCUCCCUGCUGGCCGAGCUGAUCAACACAACUGAUAACAGGCUUCGCUGCUACUAUGCCGAGGCCAUCGGCCACUGCUGCAUGUGGCGCAGCAACAGGGCAUCCUUUGGUGAAUAUGGAGCCGUUGGUCCUUUGGUCCGUUACCUGGAGUUAAAGGAAACUUCAGUCCUCAUGAGCACAGCCAUGGCCCUGUACCAACUGUCCAAAGAGCCCAGCAACAUCAUCACCAUGCAUGAGGAAGGAGUCGUCCAGGUCAGUUGGACUUCCUUCAUGACUGGAGACCUGCGUCCUCAUUCAGUUCUUCUUGGUUGCUCAUUUCCACUGCUUUUAUAUCUGUUUCACACUUUUGAGGAUCUUGCUGAGGGUAUAGAGCUGAUCCAGUGUUCCACGGCCAAGAUGAAAACCCCACUGCUCUUCCUGAAUCCGAGAUUUGACCAUCCAACGCACCCUCCUUUCCAGAACCCUGGUAUUCAGGGCGAUCUCAUCUACCCCUAG